AUGACCUGGGACCAACGCCAACAUCGUGCAAUCUUGGAGUAUGAGCGGGACGUCGAUUUGGACCAGCAAGUGGAGAAGGAUGAUAAUGAGUGGAUUGAGAAGCUCCUCGCAGCAGAGCAGGCUUCUCCGGAAUUUGAGGGCACUAUCACGAUUGACCUGUCGAUGCCAGCUGCCAAGGAUAUGGAUGACAGGGCUACAGUAGGCAGCACUAUUGGAGAACAUGAAAGCGGAUAUCAACAACCUUUGCACAGAAUUAGAGACUGCGGCGGAAGAACUGGCUCAAGCUAA